UGUGAAAGAGACCUCACUGUGAAAAAGACAGCCCACAACCGCCUGGGGUCUCAGAGGAAGGUGAGCUUCUGAGAGGACUUGUCUGAGAAGGGAACCGUCUGUCCUUCUGUCCAUCGGCAUGGAACCCAAGCAGAUCAGGGAGGGCUACCUUGUGAAAAAGGGGAGCGUGUUUAACACCUGGAAAGCCAUGUGGGUUGUAUUGUUAGAAGAUGGAAUUGAAUUCUACAAGAAGAAAAGUGACAACAGCCCCAAAGGGAUGAUCCCCCUGAAAGGAAGCACCCUGACGAGCUCUUGUCAGGACUUUGCCAAGAGGAUGUUUGUGUUUAAGAUUACUACCACCAAACAGCAGGACCACUUCUUCCAGGCCAGCUUCCUGGAGGAGAGAGAUGCUUGGGUUAAGGACAUCAAGAGAGCCAUUAAAUGCAUUGAAGGAGGCCAGAAGUUUGCAAGGAAAUCCACAAGGAGGUCCAUUCGUCUGCCAGAAACCAUCGACUUAGGUGCCUUAUAUUUGUCCAUGAGAGACACUGAAAGAGGAAUAAAAGAGCUGAAUCUAGAAAAGGACAAGAAGGUUUUUAACCACUGUUUCACAGGUAGCUGUGUCAUCGACUGGUUGGUAUCCAACAAAUCUAUUCGGAAUCGCCAGGAAGGCCUCAUGAUUGCCUCAUCACUGCUCAAUGAAGGCUAUCUGCAGCCUGCUGGAGACCUGUCCAAGAAUGCAGCGGAUGGGAUUGCUGAGAACCCUUUCCUGGACAACCCGGAUGCCUUCUACUACUUUCCAGACAGUGGGUUCUUCUGUGAAGAGAAUUCCAGUGAUGAUGAUGUGAUUCUGAAAGAAGAAUUCAGAGGGGUGAUUAUCAAGCAGGGAUGUUUACUGAAGCAGGGGCAUAGGAGGAAAAACUGGAAAGUGAGAAAAUUUGUUCUGCGAGAAGACCCUGCCUACCUGCACUACUAUGACCCUGCUGGGGGGGAAGAUCCCCUGGGAGCAGUUCACUUGAGAGGUUGUGUGGUGACUUCAGUGGAGAGCAAUCCAGAUGGCAGGAAGAGUGAUGAAGAGAACCUUUUCGAGAUCAUCACGGCUGAUGAAGUUCAUUAUUUCUUGCAAGCCGCCACCCCCAAGGAACGCACAGAGUGGAUCAAAGCCAUCCAGGUGGCCUCGCGGACUGGGAAAUGAAGACAUGUCUGCAAGUCCUCAUGCCCUCCAGAGAGAAGCCCUUGUAUAAGCUUGGUCCAGGACCUGUCCACUUCUGUGACAAUUCUACUGGAAAGGGUCAGGGGUGGGAAGUUUUUGCCAGAAUGUAGCUAGCCAUGUGCUGCAUGAUGUUCACCUGCACUGCCUCUCUCCCUGCAGCCUCUGUCCCAUUCCAUGUCCCCCGAGUCAUAUGACAAGCUGUGUGUCCUGGGUAGACUGUUUAACCUUUCCAGGCUUCAGGGCCUCUUUGGAAAAAUGAUGGAGAUAAACUAAGGUGUCUGAAGUCCUCCCUAGCUUAAAAAACAAAACAAAAUAACAAAAACAAACAAUAGCAAUAACAACAAAAGCAAUGCCCUGUGAUUUUAAUCCCCAUGAGAGUGAAAGUACCUCUAGUUAUCCUGCUGGUGUCCUUCCUGGACUGAGUCUUGGCCUCCAGUGGUCUUGAGAUGAGCCAGAACCUGACAGCCCUUCCCUUCAAAACUGUUGCCAAUUUGUACUGAGAGGACUAGGCACUGACCUCUUCAUUUUCUUUAGCUGUCUUCCACUUAUUUUUGCCCAUGAGAGCGUGUCACAGAAUGAAGGAGAGCACGCUUCUUUCUUCCUUCCCUUCCCCAACACUUCCUGAGAGCAGUGGUGGAUUUUAGGAUUAAGUCUUAUAUUGCUUUUACCAUUUGGGAGGUUUUAUCUUCAGAGAGAAAGACCUGAGGCAGUCAGAAGCAGCUGAGGGUCCUUUCCAGGCCCUGAGGCCACACACAGGUCUAUUCUACUCCCAUUUGAGUCUGAUCUGAAGGAAAUCUCCUAGUGAUCCUUUCUGGAGCAUUUCUCUACUACUUAUUGUAAUUAGAGGGGGCCCAAAUAUAUGAAUUUCUUUUGAGGGUUAGUGGGGGGAAAAGGGCAGGUGGGUUCCCUGUAUGAGUGAGGCCUGAGCAGCAGCCGGGCUAAUGUGCCCCCAUCUGUAGAGAGUGGAGGAGCUGGACCCCGGGCUAGCUGAGUAGAUGGUGGCGUAUAAUAGUCAGCUCUGAAAGGACUUGGACCCUCAGAGCUUGUGGUGGUGCCUGUCACCAUUGUGUAGUGCCUUCAGUUCUCCAGUUCAUGAUUGCUGUGCUUGAGCCUUAAACACAAGCAGUAGCUGCUCUGAUGGGCUCUGAGGGCUUCAUGGCCCUGUCAUUAGUCAGAGUAAUCUGACCUAGGACGAAAUGGAAACCAGUUUAGUUUUUCAUUCUGAUCUCUAAAUAGUUAACCAUCUCCCAAAUUGAGAAAGACAGCACCUAUACAACCAGGUAUGUGUGUGAAGGUGUAGUUCAUAGUUUUCCAACUCUAGGUUUUUAAUUUUAUGGCUCCAGGAAGGAAAGGCAAGUAGAAAAUUCUUCAUGAUUUGAUAAAUUCCUCUCUUGCCCUCCCUCAAUUCCCCUGCCUUAUCCAUGUGAUUGUGCACCUCUCCCAGAUUGUUUUAUCAGUAGCCUAGAGGUGAAGGGCUACCUUUUUCUCUAAUUCUUUAGCACCGUGUCUUCAUAGAAUAUGCACAAUAGUUUUUUCUACUUUCAGUGUUAAACGUAUUUAUUAUUAUGGAGUCAGCAUUAUGUUUUGAAAUAAAUCUGACUUUUGGGUGUGA